AUGCACAAUGUUGAAGACAUAAUAUCCGACUCCGAAGAUGACAUCACUACUUUUUGCAAACCAUUCAAGCCUGAAGCGAUUUCAAACGGUUUGGAUACAGAGGGUCAUGUUGUCAAAGAUUCAGCGGUGUGUGCUAAAGACGAAGAUGACGAAACUGAAGAGUCCGAAGAAGUGUACUUCCAUAUGACCCAAAUGCAGUCAAUACAUGAAAGCGUUACUGGAUUGGAGAAGGAAAAUGAUCUUCAAAAGAAAUCAAUCUUGUUAUUGCGAUCACUACAGUGCGAUUCACAUGAUCAAAUAGAUGAGGACAACGCACCCAACCCACCAGUCAAGAAAAGGGGAAAGAGAAAAUUAGCAACAGGAGUAAGAGGUGGAAGAAAAAACCAAUCUAUGAGUAGUCUGGUUCGUGAGGUUUUUGAGUCGGAUAAAAGCAGAUAUUUCAUUGCCAAGCAGAGUCGAAUCGAUGAAUUCUGCGCCAGGUCUAAAAAUAACAACUUAUCGCGAACUCUACAGCAUCGACGACUUGAACAACUAAGUGGAAAGCAAACUCUAUCUUCCACCGAUUGGCAAGAAAUCUUGAAUGUCAUCAGAAUACAGUUUCCCCGGACCAAGUUACAAUUGUCUUCCGAAAUACAAACAGAGGAGAGCUUUGAAUGCAAGUCACUUUGGGAUGAGGCGGGUUCUAAUAUUAUGUUGAACGAUGAAGAAAUAAAUAUUUUAUAUAAUAGAUGA